AUGUCGAAAACGGGGCGAACGAGCCUGCACAGGCUCUCUUUCCUCGUCCGCAAGAACACUGCCAAAGACCAGCCCCCUUCCUCCUCUUAUUCUUCUUCUUCUGAGGAGGCCGCCCCAACCGUCUCAUCGAGCUUCCUCACCCCCUCACCUGCCUCUUACUCGGCGCCCAGCCCUUCAUCCUCCUCCUCCUCAUCUUCUCCAGCAGCGCCGCCGUCCAACAAAGGCAGCACUACUACUCCGCAGAAGGCCGCGCCGGGCUGGCGAAGGUCGAUUGGGGGGUUUGUUGGCGCCUGGGUCCCGGACGAGGCGGUGGAGGAGGGAGGAAGCGGACUGGGGAGCGAGUACGAGGAAGAGGAGGGAUGGCGAGUGCUGCGCGAAGAAAGAGACGAGCUGCAGACCCAGCUGGAGUCCCUGCUUGAUAUCGACGCCGCCCAGCGAGGCCUACUCCGGCGGCUUCUCGACCAGCUAACGCGACGCGACGGCAAGGGCGAGGCAUCAGCAGCCGCGGACCCCUCCACCGACGAAGUGACGAGCUUGCAGCGGCUGGUGGAGGACAGCGCGGAGGCAUCGCUCGUGGUGCACCUGCGGCACGAGAAUCUGCUCCUACGGCAGAAGCUCGCGGCUCGGGACGGUGGUAAGGUAGGAGGCGACAGCGGCGGUAUGCCAGCGACGUCGGCCGAAGUGGUGGAGGGAGGCACCACUCUGAAAGAGAAGCAGCGGAAAGGAAAGGACAAAGCACGAUCGCGCACGGCCUCGACGGUGUUCCUCGACUGGCCCCGGCGGCGCGGGAGCAGCGAAGCGUCCGAUGCGGAAGAGCAGCAGCAGCAGCAGCAGCAGCAGGCGAGAGACGAAAGCGAGACGGUGCCGAGCGACGCUAAGAAGAACGACAGGCGCUCUCGGACUCUUUCGUUCCUCUCGAAGAGCUCCAAGUCCUUGGACGCCCGCAGCGAAGCCAACGGCGCACCGCUCAAAGGCACCGCAGAUUCGGCCGAUGACGACGACAAGCAGUCAUCUCAAAAGGGAGGAUUGUUCAAACGGAAGGAGCGAAGGAAGACGAUCACACUCGACAGCACCACGACGCCUGUGCUGUUGUCCGCUUCUAGUGCGUCGUUUUCCGGCGCGGGAGGAGCAAGAAGAGGAGACCUCAACGGCACGAGCAACUCGAAUCCCUUCGUUCUCGCGCUCAACGACGAAGCGGCCAAGCUCAAAGCGCUCCUCACCGAGCAGGAGAACAAGUGCGCCAACCUGAACGACCAGCUGCUCCGCGCGGCUGAGCAGUUGGCGGAGAAGAAUCGCGCAAUCGCCGUCCUGAACCAGGAGAACGAUAGGCUCUCGCACUGCGUCGCGACGCUCGAACAGCAGCUCAGUCAGAUGCGGUCCGGCCUCAGCGACGCCUACCGAACGUUGCGCAAGGACUCCUCUGCCCCCGAACCGAAGAAUCUUCCGCACGACAGCAGCCACGGCGGCAACAACCGCGCCACCAUCACGGUCAAUAUCGGCAGCAGUGGAAGCACCAGCAGUUCGCCCGAAGCGGUGACUCGGAAGGGAUCAGAGGAAAGGCGGCCCCACACGGCGAGGGAAAGGAACACCUAUCGCGAACUCGAACCGACCAACAGCGCUGCGGCGGAGGAGGUCGACGUCCUUAAGGGGAACGCAGAGGCCAAGAAGCCGUCCGUUCGCAUGGUCGUGGACGCACUCGAAGUUCGGCUGAGCGAAGUCUACAACAUCAAGAAUCUGGCUACGCCGCGGACGGGCAAGGACUCUCCGUUUUCUGCGCACCUUCCCUCGCCUCGUUCCGCGAGAGGAGCCGGAGUCGCGCCGUCGGCUGGCCAAGGCAAUAAUUGGGCGGACCUCGACGAGGAGAGCCUCGCCGAUGAGAUGCCCGAAGCCUUCAUCGAAUCCGGGGAGGAGGAGGCGCUCGACUGUUUCCAGCAAGAGGAAGCCGGCCCCUUUUUCGUCGCGUCGCCGCUUCUGACGUCCGAGGGCAACAAUGAAGGCAACAACAUGAACUCAGCAAGCGUUGCCGAAAGGGAUCGGUCAACCGCGAAUAACAACGAGGUGGCGCGGCAACAAUAUCUGUGCAAAAAGCGGCUGCAAGUGAUCAAUGAGCUGCUCGCCACCGAGCGUCGCUAUGCGAGCGCGCUGAAGACCUUGAUCAAGGCACGCCUCGUCUACCUCGAGCCGUUGAACGCACGUGAGCAUGGCAUAGUGACGUGGGAGGAGAUCAACACCAUGUUCUCCAACAUUGAGGACAUUUGGACGCUCAGCAAGGCCUUCCUGGAAAAGCUGGAGCAGCGCGCGCGCAGCUGGCAGGACAAGGAAACUGACGAGGGUCACUCGGAUCCCAUCAUUUCUGACAUUCUCAUCGAAACGGACGAGCGUCGAACUAACAUCUCGCGGCCCGCGCUGAUGCACUAG